CCUGUGUUCGUGUCAACUCUGAACAGAACAGUCUUUUUCGCCGUCGCCAUCGCGUUCACUGCGGUUGCUGUCUUUCCUGCUUGGCUAGUUUUGUCCUUUUUGAAGAGGUUAAAUUCUUUCCUUGGCGUUUCGUAAAAGCGUUUUAAUUUACUUAAUCCUCCGGCGAGAGACAACCGAUUAACAUACACACACAUACAUACAACCCUCUAGUGAAAAAGAGUACAACAGUGCAAAAGUGAAAGAAGAAGAGAAAAAAGCUGCAGAUAAGAGUGCAAAAGUGUGUGCUAUAACAGUCAGAAAGCAAGAAAUAAAAGCAGGAAAAUUUACGUCUCGCUCCGUGAAUCAGCAGCGAGCAAAAGUUUCGACGAAAUUUUAAAUUAAUCAAGUUUUUCGCGCGUGUGAAGCUAUCUAGUGAAGAGAUUCUCGACCCGAAAGUAGUAGCAGCAGCAGCAGCAGCAACAGCAGAAACAGCAACAACGGCAACAGCAAUAACAACAAUGGAGGAAGCCAAGGCUAAGCUUACCGAAAUCAACCUGUCCGAGGAUCCGGCGGUGACGCUUACCAUCCGGCUCAUCAUGCAGGGCAAGGAAGUCGGUAGCAUAAUUGGCAAAAAAGGAGAAAUUGUCAAACGUUUCAGAGAAGAGUCCGGUGCAAAAAUCAACAUAUCAGACGGAUCCUGUCCGGAGCGGAUCGUUACGGUAUCCGGUUCCAGAAGUGCUAUCUAUAAAGCCUUUACACUGAUCACAAAGAAGUUCGAGGAGUGGUGUUCACAGUUCCAAGACAAUACUAAUGCACAGGGUAAAACACAGAUUCCAAUCCGCUUAAUCGUACCAGCUAGUCAGUGUGGUUCUUUGAUUGGAAAAGGUGGCUCCAAAAUCAAGGAGAUUCGUGAAAUUACAGGGUGCUCCAUCCAGGUCGCUAGUGAAAUGUUGCCAAAUUCGACGGAACGGGCCGUCACGCUCAGCGGAUCGGCCGACUCGAUCACACAUUGUAUCUACCACAUAUGCUGCGUUAUGCUAGAGUCGCCACCGAAAGGGGCCACCAUCCCGUACCGGCCAAAGCCACAGAUGAACGGACCCGUUAUAGUAGCGAACGGUCAGGCGUACACCAUCCAGGGCAAUUACGCCGUUCCAGCACAGGAGGUUGCCGGACUUGCCAAAAACCCGCUAGCAGGGCUGGCUGCGCUCGGACUUGCCGGUGCUAUUCCGACCAACACGGGUGGACUGAACCCAACAGGUGAGUUGGUUUCUCCUCCAUCUGUCGCAUCGCCCAUAGCACUUGCCGCACUGGCCGGAUCGCAGCUGCGGACCAACAACAAUCGUAACGUGACUCAGGUUCAGUCCCAAUCCCACGAGAUGACAGUGCCAAAUGACCUGAUCGGCUGCAUCAUCGGCAAGGGCGGCACCAAGAUUGCCGAAAUACGCCAGAUUUCCGGUGCGAUGAUUCGCAUCUCCAACUGCGAGGAGCGCGACAGUGGCAACACUGACCGGACCAUUACCAUCACCGGCAACCCGGACUCGGUGGCUCUGGCGCAAUAUCUGAUCAACAUGAGCGUCGAACUGCAGAAGGCGAACCUAGGCGAUGAUAGUACCGGAGGUUCCAGUGCCAGCAAUAAUCCACUGCUGCAGAACAGUUCCGGUGGCGGCGGCGGCGGUGGUAGCAGCGGUGCCGGCGGCGCUAAUGCCGGAGCGGCCAGUACACUCGGCGGUAACCCGCUUGCGUCGGCCAUUCCGUUGGCCCAGUUGCUCUCGAAGCCCGGUGCCCUGAACGCCUUGACCAGCCUAUCGGCCCUCGGCGGACUUACCGAUCUGCUCGGUAAUCUGUCCAGUGGCAGUACCGGAACCGGUCUUGGCGCCAUUCAGACCACCGGCAUCAAUCGACCGAAGACCACAAGGAUGCGGUCGCCAAACAGCAACAGCAGCAUGAAUGGCGACAGCCAGAAGAAGAGCGAGCGCAAUAAAUUUAAUCCCUACUAAAGUUAAGAAGCGGUGCUGGGAGUAGGCCGCCACACGCGGCAUAAGAAAAGCUUAAGUAACCUCUGGUUAGGACAAAAGAAUAAGCCGCGUGUGCUAAAAAUGAAAGAUAGUGAGCUAGUAGAAUGAAAGUAGGAAAAGUUUAAUUGCGACGACACUUUAGAAUGACAUUGGGUUGGGAAGCGGGAAGAAGCAAACUACGUGAAAGUCAAACAUGGAUUUAUUAUAGCAUCGACGGACUAACUGACUUGACUGACUGACGAUUGGGAGAAAAACUUCCGCCGGAAUUUUCCUUUUCUUUUUUUGUCGAAUGGGCUGCUUCUUCCUCUCGUCUCAACCCUUGCCAAGCACACCCUUCCUGGUGGGGAUGACGAAUAAAAACCACAGUACUGACAAACACAAAUAGAGCAGGCGAAAAGGCAACAGCAGCUCCUGCGGGAGACAGACAGAAAGAGAAAGGUUAGUUUCACAGGAACGGCGUGGCGAAGCGAAAAAGCUGAAGCAAAGGAGAUAAAAAAUUUAUUUAUAGAGUUUAAUUCAAUUAAGAUUUAAAAUAGGAUCACGAUCAGCAGCCGGCAACGAGAGCAACCGUCGGUAAACGACACAGACACAAACACAGACACAGUCGAGCAGCAUAUUAGUAGCCAAGCAUUGUGCAUUUAGAUACUGACCGCCGCACUCAUCCCGAAACUCCAAUUGUGUACUUACGCUGGGAGUCGCGAUGUCAGCAUUGCGCUUCAGUUCGCUAUAAUUAGUCCCUACCGUAUGGCCGCACGAGUCGAAUUUGAUUCGUCUUCGGAUCCAUUGGAUUACCGGCGUCGUGCUAAAAAUAUUCCCGAUUUUGCUUCGAGGUCCGCAACGCGCUCAAGAUUAGAUUGAAGUUUGCAACUUUAUUUUAUCCUUUUUUUCUCGAGGGGAACAAGUUUGGUUAUUUUAAUCUAACCGCGUAUAGUUAGGUUUAUGUAUUUUCAGGAUUCCUAUUUUCUUUUUCUACUGCUGCAGCAAACUAUUUAGGAUUAGUUACGGUAGUUUAUUUUAAGACAACUUUGGAGACAAGCUUAGCGCGUGCGAAAUUCAUUUAUAGCUCUUCUUUUGAUCCACAAGCGAUGAACGUGUCGUCGUUCAAUCGAAAAAAAACGCAGAUGGAACAUUAAAUUCUGUCGCCUUCAAGUAGGACUAAUAGAAAUACAAAUGUGUUUUUUUGCAUUUUAGCGUGGUUAUGCCAUUCUCCCGUCACCAUCAGUAAGUUAAUUUUAUCCCACGAGCAGAUUGUUGCCACGAAAGCAUCCAUAAUUCAACCCUAAGCACCCUAAUCUAAGUUAUUCGACCAUGUAAACCAUUGUACGAUCCACCAACUCGACAGCCGCCGCCCACCUUCCCUCGUUCGGCAAACAAAGCGGGCAAACUUUAUCGCAAGGUUUUCCCUUCCAAGGAAACAUAAUUUCCUUUAUUGCCAAAAAACUGUUUCGCACUUUGCAUCAUUCCCUCAUUAAGUUGAUUAACUGUUUUAAUUAUUCGCCGCCAGUAUCACUCCUUUCAUGCCAACGGAACAAGGCGGGCGUCGUCGAACGUGGAAGGUGGGACAGCCAGCCGGCGGGUGGGUUGACGUGGCGGGCGGUAAAGAAGGACAUCUUAAUAGGGAAAACAAACUUCGAAAUCGAUAUUUAUCCAUCCAGAUUUUCAUCGGGUAAACUGUGGAUGGGCGACAAAGUUUUCCACGUCGUUGCGAGCUGUUGGAUAAGGCAAACACAAGAUUCAAUUUGCGGAUCGCUCACACGGUCGAUUGCUCUUCUUCCAGUUUUGUGGCAACUACGAAGAAGAAGGUUUGUUGUUCGAGUGCGGAAAAGUAGAAAAAUUUGAAAUGUAAAAGUAUUCUUAAAACAGGGUAGUUACGAAAUUUAUUUUUAAAUAGGUCCGCAAUUUAGUUCAAAUCGGUUGAUCCGCAGGAUGUGUUCAACCUGUGAAUAUCGAUUAUCAGUAAGCUUCGGUUUGUUAAUGCAAGUUCUGAAUAAUGUUGCAGGAUAAAAAGUAUUGCUUCUGAGUAAUUAAUUACUAUUCAUCCCCGAUUACUCACACCAGAAGUUUUCAAUAAAACCUUUCAACUUCCAAUACUAUUCGAUCCAUUCAUGACACACGCUAUUGUGUCUCUAAAAUUACAACUUUUGUAAAAGCGUGCCAUAUUAGAAAUUAUUUUAAAUCACGUUGAAGAUAAUCAAUUAUUCUCAAUUUUAAAUCCUGUAAAGCUAGCAAAAAACAGUCGAUCCCAAGGGACCGAUCCAUUUUAGAAAACCAUUCAAGAUUUGCUCAACGAACUGAUCCCUAAAAGCAUUCUUCCUAAUCUACAAUAAAUUGUAAUGGCAAAAAUAUGAGCUUAGUCAAAAAUAAUAGACAGCAGUCCAUUUUGCGGCAUAUCCUUGCUCACCCCGCCCGCUUCAUCCUGUUUCAUUACUCAGCAAACCAUCUGCCCGCGUUCGUUCGUUCAACAGACAGACAGACCACCGACCGGUAGGCAACAAAUUGAGUCAUUAAACUGUCAUUAAAUUUACCGUUUACACAAUUUUAAUUUCCUCUCGCACGCGCCGUCAACGCGCCGAGAGGUGGGGGCGGUUCCAUCCGUAGCAGGGAAGUUUCUCCCGCAAUCCGAAAAUUUAAGCCACUGGCACUGGUACGUACUGGUGGUUGGCUUACCACCGGCAAAAGCUUUUUUCCCUCUUUCUCUCAUUAAAAUCUGAUCUACCCACACGCGGCGAGAGAAACGAGGUAAUCUUCCAAUUUAGGGACAUAUUUUCCCGAAUCGUCGUCGGUGUCGUUGACGUCGUCGGCAUCAGCAUUUCUGAUAUUCUGUGUGCUACGUCACUUAAUCCCUCCAGGUUAGAUAAUGAUUCUAGUAGGUACUUUUUGGUCGCAGCCCCCCGGAAUAUGCAAGCCAGCGGCAGGGCCGCCGAAGGCGUUGCUGCCAGUAGCGUGACGUUAUGAAUUUUUAAGUGCUAUGUUUCCGCCUGCAGGUGUGCGCGCGAAGAAGCACAAAUUAAAUCAUUUUCCGACCCUCCGGCUAGAAACACUCACCACAGCAGCAGUAGCAGUAGCAGCAGCAGCAGCAUAUUUGUAAUUAUUUUCCGAUCCGAUGUGUUUUCUACUGUCGUACAUUUUUCGGAAGCAGGUUACGGCGGUCUGGCAAAAUAUUAUUUUUCAAUUUGUCCCCCCGAAUCAUUAUGAUGAGCUGCCAGUGGCUUCAAGUGUGGGGUAAGUUUGCCUGCGGUGAAUUUGGUUGGGGUUGAAAUGAUGACGAAAUCGAUACCUUUGACAAUAAUGUUGAAAAUAGUUAGCUACCGCUACCGCAGGAUUUCAUCCGAUGGGCAUCAUUCUUAGUAACUGCUCUGCUAUCAUGCCCUGAUGUAUGAAAAUGGUCAACCAGAAAAGAAUUGAAACGUCAAUUGGAUGAACAUUAUUUUGCUCGAGAUAUUAAGGAUCUAUUUCAACUGCAGACAGGUUAAAUCCAACUUAAUUUAAUUAUUUAGUAUUACUGUUUAUUUCUUUCU